CUGCAGCCUGCAGAGGGCAACGCCAAACCCACACACCACAGUACUACACCUCGCUCCUCUCUGACGCCUUUUUUUCCGAUCCGAUCCCCCUGCUGCUGCAACUGCAAUAAUAAUCUGAUUGCCCCCUCCUCCUCCUCCUGCUCGAUCGAGAUCUCUCUCCUCUCUCAAAUAUAAUCACACUUAGCUCGGACACAGCAGCCAGCAUUGAGCUGAGACCACGCACAGGGGGGUGAGAGAGAGAGAUAGAGAGAGGAACUGCAGUCCAGACUGCUGCGCAAGAGAACACCAAGAAACAGACAAGUGAUCAUGAUGCUCUCUGAUCUUUCGUCCGACCACGAGGCCACUGGAUCCAGCUCCCAUGGCGGGGACAUCGCCAGCUACGCCCUGAGCCCUCUCUUCCUCGCGCCGGCGGCCUCGGCCACCGCGCCGCCGCAGCAGCCGGAGGCGCCCAGGGCGGCGGGGGCAAAGAGGAAGAGAAGCCAGCCCGGCAACCCAGACCCCGGCGCGGAGGUGAUCGCUCUGUCGCCGCGGACGCUGGUGGCGACGAACCGGUUCGUGUGCGAGAUCUGCAACAAGGGCUUCCAGCGCGACCAGAACCUGCAGCUGCACCGCCGGGGGCACAACCUCCCCUGGAAGCUCCGCCAGCGGAGCCUCCCGUCCGGCGCCGGCAGCAGGCAGGGCGACGCCGCAGCGCCGCCGCGCAAGCGCGUCUACGUCUGCCCCGAGCCCACCUGCGUCCACCACGACCCUGCAAGGGCGCUGGGGGAUCUGACCGGGAUCAAGAAGCACUUCUCGCGGAAGCACGGCGAGAAGCGGUGGCGGUGCGAGCGCUGCGGGAAGCGCUACGCCGUGCAGUCGGACUGGAAGGCGCACGUCAAGGGCUGCGGCACGCGCGAGUACCGCUGCGACUGCGGCAUCCUCUUCACUAGGAAGGACAGCCUGCUCACGCACAGGGCCUUCUGCGAUGCCCUAGCCGAGGAGAGCGCGCGGCUUCUUGCGGCGGCCGCUGCAAGCAACGGCAGCGCCAUCACCACCACCAACAGCAGCAACGGUGGCAACAGCAGCAGCGACCUCCUCUUCUCCAGCAGCAUCACCACGGCAACGCCGCUGCUCCUCCCGUUCCCCAACCCGCCUCCUCCUGCCGCGGCGGCGCAAAACCCUAACGCCUUGUACUUCCUGCACCAAGAGCAGGCGCAGCAGCAGCUGCUGGCUCCCUUCCUGCAGCCGAGGAUGGUGCAGCCCUCGCCGUACCUGCUUGACCUCCAAGCGGACGCCGCCACCAUCGCCACCGCCGGUGGCGGCGGCAUCGUCGUCGCUGCCGACGCGGUCAACUUCGGCGGCCUCGCCCCGGACGGCUCGGUGGCUCUGCGCGGCGGCGGCCACCGGCGCCUCACCAGGGACUUCCUCGGCGUCGAUGGCGGCGGUCAGGUCGAGGAGCUGCAGCUGCCGCUCUACGCAACGACGGCUGCUGCCGCCGCCGUCCCCCGAGCUGCCAGCUGCGCCACCGACAUCACCAGCAGGCAGUGCCUCGGCGAGCGGCUGCCGCCGGUCAACGAGACGUGGAGCCACAACUUCCAGACCGUACCUACUUCAACUUCAAGUAGCCACGCGCUCGAACUGCAAUACUCCAUGUCCAUGAAGCCAAACUAUAAGUGAUGUAGCGAUCGUCGAGCGUGUCAACUUGUGCACGUACGCGUUGCUGUUAAUUAAUUUCUUGAUCUGCAUUAUUUCCUUGUUUAAUUAAUUCUCGUCGUCUAGGGUAAUAUAUAUAAGGUGAAUUCGACCUUGGGAAACUUUUGAUCAGUGUACCUUAUCGAAUUAUUUAUGCUGGGUUUUAUAUUAAUUAAGAUUUGUUUCUCGUUACA